UUCAGAGCUUCAAAAUAGAGCUUCCCCUCCCUGCCUCUCUCUCUUCAAUGGCGCACUCAAACUUCCGCUUCUUCUCCCUCAUACUUUUCACUGUCUCUCUUCUUCAUCUAUCAACCACGUCCCGAGUCCAGACUCUGUUUAUCUUUGGCGAUGAUUUCUAUGACGUCGGAAACAAACAGUUCCUCGCCGGAAACUUAAUUCCGGCGAAUGCUCAUCCCUACGGCGUCGCAAUUCGCAGCGCCACCGGGCGGUGGUCCGAUGGGCUUGUCGUGCCGAACUAUCUGGCUGAGUUCAUGGGCAUUCCUCGGAUAUCUUCGAUUCUCGAUUCCAAGUCCGAUUUCUCUCAUGGAGCGAGCUUCUCCAUCGCCGGAGCUACUGUCCUCGGAUCUCCACCGGAGACGAUGAAAUUGGAAGAGCAAGUGAUGAAAUUUCAUGAAAACAAGAAGAAAUGGAGUGAUAAAGAACUAUCUCAAGCUAUCUACUUGUUCUACAUUGGCGGUGAGGACUAUCUUGACUUCGCCAAGAACAACCUUAGUCCCUCUAAUGAUCAGAAGCAUGCUUUUGUGGAUCAAGUGAUCUCUGCUAUAGACUCAUCCAUAAAGGGCGUAUAUGAAUCCGGAGGAAGGAAAUUCGCCUUCCAGAACCUGGCGCCAUUGGGUUGCUUACCGAACACGAAACAAGAGCUCGGAGAAGGGAGAGAUAAGUGCCUGCAUUUGCCAUCGGAAAUGGCAGCUUUGCACAACAAGAAGCUCCUUCAGCUGUUGAACAAACAAGCACUCGAGCUCAAGGGUUUCCAGUUCUCCUUCUACGAUUUCUUCACCUCCCUCCAUAACCGAGUUGUCCUCCCCAACACUUACGCAUUUACAACAGGAAACGCAGCUUGUUGCGGCACCGGACCUUACAACGGGAGCGGCUGCAUGGCCAAGAGCCUAUGUGCCAAGCCACAAGCCCACAUAUUCUUCGACGGCAAGCACUUGACGCAGGAAGCCAACUCCCAAAUCGACCAUCUCAUGUGGGGAGCCACCCCCGAAGUUGUCGGACCGCACAACCUCCGGGAGCUUAUGUCACUUCCUUCGGACAUUCCGGUCGUUUUCUGUACGGAUAUGGACAACAGAUCUGAUGCCAUAACCCAUGAUAUCUAUGGCAUGGGUACCAUGGAAUUUGGAGGCGAGAACCAUGUUGAAGGGGCCGACUCUUUUAUCAUGUGAUGAUGAUAAACGAGUGUUAGAAUGUUGAAACCAAUAAAUGAUGUUUGAUGUUAUGUAUGAAGAAUAAAUAAAAAGGCUCAUCUUUUGGGAUGUGCAUUUGGUUUGAAGUGAA